GCUAAUUUAUUAUUUGUUUACUUUUUUUGACAGUAACCUAGUCUCGAUAGUUAUAAUGCGUGUGCAAUGUACAGAUAUUUUGUUUUUAAAUUAUACAUAGUAUUUUAUAUUUUGUAAUUAUACUCUUAUUUGUUUAUUUCUUUAAAAAUAUUUUAUAAAUCUAUUGAUUACUUCCGCUAUGUUGUGAAUUGCAAAGUUAUGGAAAUCUGUGGAGCUUUUCAAAACAGAGUUUGUUUAUUUCUCUGUGCCUGUUUAUCGGGUAUAUUAUUUGCAUUAGUGUGGCGAAAAUACGAGCAAACUGUUCAAUUUUCUUCCCUUCGUACACAUUUCUCCUUAUCUUUAAGAGACUCAAAUUAUAAGGACUGGAUUAAAAAUCAAAACCUUUCCAAAAUACGGAUUUCAGAAGAAAUAUUAAGGUAUGGUGAGAAAGAUGACAAACACAGGCUCGAAAGUUCUUUUCUGUAUAAAAACACUCGAGUUUUGUGUCUCAUAUUUGUUAAUUCUCAUAAAGGUGCAGAUGCUGUGAAGAGCACAUGGGCAAAACACUGCAAUGUUGUUACCUUUUUUGGAAGAUUUGUAGAUAAUAAUAUACCUGUGAUGAAAAUACCACCUGUUACUUCAUUUGAAGGUUUUUGCUACGCAUUUACUCAUAUAUAUCAAAAAUAUAAUGGCCUUUAUGAUUGGAUUCUAAUUGCUGAUGACUAUACUUAUGCUAUUGUUGAAAAUUUACGUUAUUAUGUGGCACCCUUGAAUUCUUCAAAUUCUUUCUACCUGGGACAUCCCGUGAAAGACUUUUCAAAUUUGUAUAAUAUAGGUUCGGCAGGGAUUGUGUUAAGUAGAGGAAGUGCUUCUUUGCUCAGUUCUGUAUAUGCAAAUGCCAAAGAUUGCAUAAAUAGAAACUCUCCCUCUUGGUAUUUUGAUCAAUCUCUGGGGAAAAUUUUUUAUGGUUUCAGUGUUCAUCCAGUUGAUACAAGAGAUGCUGAUUUAAGAGGACGUUUCAAUCCUUUCUCAGUAGAAACAAUGCUGAUACCUGGAUCCAUAUCAGUGUUCAGUUCAUACUGGAGAACUAGUGCUUUUUUAAGUGAAGAGGGGUUUCAUUGUUGCAGUGAUAGGGCUAUCACAUUCCAUGGAUUACUUCCGGGAAAAAUGUAUUUAAUGGAAUACCUGCAAUACCAUUUGGAUGUGUUUAGGAACAGUUUUCAAGGUCUUGGAAAUCAUCCUAAAGACAGUGAAGAGAAUCGAAAAUCAAAUGAAAUUCCUGAUGAAAUGGAACAAGUUGGAGAACCUUUUGUGAAACUUUUAGAUCACGAUUGGGUACGUUCGGGUAAAAGGCAUAGAUCUGAUAAAAAAGUUGAGAGAAAUUUGUGGAAUGAUAUUUUUGGAAGCUAGCUUUUACAAGAUGCUUUCAUGGAAAAUAAAGCAUAAUCAUCUGUGUAAAAUACUCCAGAAAAGUGAUAAUCCAGCAUCAUUUUGAAACCUUAGUCAACUAAACUUUCAAUAAAAAAUAUUUUUAUACUAUUUUUUUAAGUUGUUAAUUUGGGAUAUAUUAUGUCUUAUUCCAAAGUUGAAAACGCAUUUCUGGCGAGUGUGCAAAGUUUAUUUUUAAUGCUAUCUACUUAACUUUUAAAUGCUUAUUAAAAAUCUAAAAUAUCAUUAUAAGCAGAGCUAUUUAAUCUAAUAAAAAAUGAUGUAUAAUUAAAAUUUAUGUAUCGUAACAUUGUGGAUUUAACUUUCACUAUAUUUUUUUAAGGUCAUGCUUAAAAUAUAUUAAUCCUAAAUAUAUAUUUUUUUAAUAUUAUUAAAAUUUUUAAGAAUAAGGCGGGUGUUAAACAUAUGGAUUCAUAUUAGAACUUUUUAAAGCACCAUAUAUAAAUAAACUAAUACUAAAUAUUUUAGGAACAAGAAGCCUCUCCACAUUAGGACAUUUAUGAGGCUUUAUGAGCCUGAUGAGGGGAGGCUCAUUCUAUCUCAAAGCUUUAGUUUUCUACUUUAGGUAUAUAAAGAAAUUUUAAUGAAACCCAGAUUAAAAUUUGAUUAUCCCAACUGCUACUCCACUUCAGAACAUCAUGAUAAAAAUCUUUUAUUAUUAAAAUUUAUUAUUUUUUUUUAGAAACACUGGAUCUUAACUAUUAGGAGAAUCUUUAAAUAAAACAUGAUUUUUUUUUCGAAAAAAAUCAUUAUAUUUAAUGUGUACACUUUAUUUGGAACAAUUUUGUUUGCAUAAUAAUUACACAUGCAAUUAUUUUAUAUGAAAUCGGAAUUCUAUUUAAUAAAAAAAUUAUUUAUGUAUACUUAAUGUUUGUUUAGUUUUUUAUUAACAGUUAUAUGAUCAUUAAGGAUUAAAAUUCAAUUUGUUUAGUUUUUACUUACAAAUGUUCUUGAUUUUAAUUAGAGGCAGCUACAUUAUUCAUAUUUGGAAUAACUAUUGAUAAAAUUUUUGUUUAUGUAUGUGUGUUUUGAAAAGCAUUUUCAUUUGUAUAAAGAUAGUUAACAUAUUGCUGCAAUCUUUCUUUUGGGACAAUAAGUGGCUUGUUAAUAUUGCACUUCAUUUGUUUUCAUUUUUGUACCAAUAUAAUGCAUUUAACUUUACUAUGGUUUUUUAGUCUUAUUGUAAAUAAUAUGUACCCAAAAUUAUCUGUGAUGAGAAAUACUUAAAUUGCAAGUGAUAUUUAAAAUCAAAACUUUUUUUAUGAUAGAUUUUAAUAUUUUUUUAUAAAAUGAAUUACUGAAAAAAAUCUUCUUAUAAUUUAUUUUCAUGUCUUCUUAUGAUUUGUUUUCAAACAGGCUUUUAAAUUUUGGUAUUGCUAAAAUUGAAAGUUUUCAUGUUUAUUUAUUUUUAUUUUGUUUUACACUUUAGGACAAAGCAAAAGGCUUAAUUUUUUCUUACAUUGUGCAUCUUAAAAGGCUUAAGUUUUUCUUACAUCUUCAAAUAAAAGUAGUUUUUUUUUAACUAUAUAAGCUCAGUCAUACACCCAAUUUCAAUCAAAACCAAACAUUGCUUUUUUUUUAAAACUUUGAUCAGUAGCAAGUAGUUCUAAGUAAAAGCUGCUGUAAACUUUAUAUAAACCAUUAGUUAAUAAAUAUAUAUUUAUUAUACAAAUAUCAUUGCAUUCAAAAUUUUGCUAGCUUAAAUAGUUUUGACACUUUUCAAUAUUUAUGUCAACUUAAAAAAUUGGGUUUGUGCAAGAGUUUUUAAGAAAAUAAGAUAAAAAGGUUCACAUUUAUUUCUCUCUCUCUCUCUUUUUUCUUUUAGAUUACUAGACAUUCUUUAUUUUAAAAAUGAAAAGUAGUCCAUAUUUAAAAUAAUGUUAUGCUGUAUAGACCAGUUUGGGAUUGUUAAGAUUUUUUAUGAAAAUAAAUUUAUUGUGAUUA